UCGUAAACACUGUCAACGUAAAUAACAAAGUUUUCAACUGACUUAGUUGAUUGUGGACGCGGAUUCUAUGGAAUUGCAGGGGAUUUGACUAUUUAUAUCUGGACAUUGCUGACAGCAGAAGAUAACAAAGCCCAUAACUUGAGUUGAUUUGUGACGAUAAGACAAACUUUUCACCGAGAUCAGAGGUCAUGAUGAUGGAAGAAUCAUCAGAUGAAUCAGCAGAGAUUAUAACUAAGGAGGAAGCUGAACUGGCUUCCAGGAUGCAGGAUGACACACAGAUUUCUGAUUCUCACCUCCCUAAAAGUGAUGCUUCAUUCCAAGCACCAGUUGGAGGUAGUUUUGGGGUCAGCCCCCCUGCUCCUUUGCCAGCAUUUAUGAAUGUCAAUCCUAAUGAUUCAGUGCAAAGUUCACAGACCGGAAUGUCAAGCGUUGCUAGUGGAGCACCACAACAAGUAACCAUGACUACUAAGUCACCUAUCACAGCUACUCAGGUGUCAGCUCCAGGUCCAGUGGCCACACCUUACGAAGUGAGCACACAGAUACCAGCGGACAUGAUCCCAGACUCACCAUCAGACAUUCCGGGAGGAAGCACUGGGCUGUUUGGCUGGUUCUCCGGCAACCGAAUUGUUUCUAAAGUCAUGGAGAAAACCAAGAAUUCUGUGGAAAGUAUGAUUACAACUCUGGACCCAGGGAUGAAGGAGGUUAUAAGAUCUGGAGGAGAUGUUGUGGUAGUUGUGACAUCAACAAAAGAGACUAAAGUGGGAGCAGUGCGAGAGGCUUUUCAGACAGUGUUUGGACGUGCAACAGUCAUAGGAAUGGAAAGUCAAGCUAACACAGCAGCCCAACCUGUAGACUUCACAGCAGGUCUCAAAGGAGCUGAGGAACGCAUACAGAAUUUACGCCAGAAAGGGUCAUUACCAGAAGGUCAUCCUGUGGUGUCUGUGGAGGGAUUUAUUGUCGAGAUGCUACCUGAUAGGUGGUACGAGAUCAGUUGUCUUCUUCUUCAGGAUCCUGCCCAACACAUAGAACUCCAAAUGUUCUCACAGCCAACGCCCAUCCCUGCAGAAUACAUACUGAAAGCUCAAGAUGCUACACCCUCAGACUACCCUCAACGGUGGUCUGGCCUCAAAGUGACCAUUGGUCAAGUAAUUGAACAAUCACAACCUCACAUUGGACACGCUGAUUGGCAGAAUGCUCUUGUUGGUGUUAGUAGACGUGAAUCAUUAAUGUUAGCUGCUAAAGGCCUUGCCUACAUGUAUAAACAGAGAUUGCCAACAUCUUUUGUUUCCUGAGAGAUCUGUUUUUAAUGGCCAAUAUUAUGGUCAUGUUCUUUCUGGUCUUGCCAUGAAACGAUGAUUGAAGAUUCCAAAAUAAUUGACAUUACCUGUGAUCCUGUGCUGUUUUUGGUUGUAAAUUAUCAUCAAAUGGGAUGACUGAGAAGUUACUUUGCAUAAGGAAUCUGAAUUAUUUUACUGUAAAUAUAAGUUUUUUGCAUGGAAGUAAACUAGUAUGUUUCAUUCUGUACAAGACAUUUACAUGUUAUACAAACUAUGGUACAAGCUUUUCAGUGUAUAAGGAGCUUUAGGUGCAACAUCAAUCCUUCCUGAUGCUAUUUUUGAACCUUUUUGUUUCACAUGAUUAGUAUUUAUUAUAUGUAAUUAACUUCAUCAAAUAUCCUGCAGGAUUUAAGAAAUCCUUUAUUGUCAAUGUACCAAAUACUGUAAACUUACAUGAUUUGGCAUAAUAAUUAUAUUUUAGUGUUUUAUCACUAAUUUGCAUAUUAGAACAAUGUCAAAUUUGUUCAUCCACAGUGAUUGCUACAUGGACAACCUACAGAAACUGUACUUAGUGCAAUAGUUUAAGUACCAAGUGCAUUAAAGUAAGAUUGCUGCUAAAUUAUGUUUGUUUACAGUAGAAUGUUGAUGUUAUAUAGCUGCUUAUUGCAUGUGCAACCAGUCGUGCUUUUUAUCUCAACAUUGGUCACAAUUCAAUGGUUCAAUCAUACACCUACAUGCAGUAACAAGUUAGUACAAAUCUUGUAGUUUCAAAAGCUGAAAUUGUAAUGAAAUUCUACACAUCUAUCUAUCACUAUAUAACACUGUUUUACUGCAUAACAAAUUAAGGUUAUGGCUAUGAUACUACAUAAUACUCAUGUAUUAUUACAAAACAUGAUAAUACUACGCUUCACUAUAAAAUACUACAUGAUGUUCUGUAAUAUUACACAUAAUGCUUUGUCAUUUAGCUACCCUAUUAUCAUUGCUAUAACACACAUCACAUUGAUUUUGUCUGUACAGAUAACACUUUGUGGAUCUGUAAUUAAUUGACAGCUCCCAUUUUGCUUGUGACUUCAUAGAGUCAUGCAUUUCCUCAUUGCCAAAGAUAGAGAUAUGGAAUGAGAAUUUUCAGAUUUUAUAUUGGUCUAAUAAAGUUCUAUUUUCAUGAAUGAUUGCAAACAUAUUUAAAUCAUCAUUAUGUGAUUCUUACUUGUAGCCUGUCACUCAUCACAGGUUUUCAUUUUGCCUCAUUAAAAUGAAAAGUUCUAUGAUUUAUUCCAUAAAUCUCAUAUGAAUUGGAAACGCCUGUUCGAUCUUUUAUUCAUGUCACUGAAUAACACUAAUCUUAAACAUCAUAUUCCAAAACAGUAAAGAACUCCAGAAAUCAGAUUCCAAUAUCUGCAUCAGAGCUAGACAGAGUUGUAAGGGUUUUUUCUACAUCAGCUCUCUUGCAGGUGAACCAAUUAAGCAGAGUCUGUUCUGGACUCUAGCUGCUGUAUACAUAUAUUAACUGUCAGUUAUUGUGAUGUUUUAAGUGUGAAUCUGUCACUUGAACAUAAAUUUUACUGGACCUGUUCAAUAUCAAAUGACCAAUUGGAGCAUAAUUGUGUCCAUUUAGAGUUUGAAAGAUAUUCUUAGGUGAGAGCAGUUUGAUGAUGAAUAUGACUGACAUAAUGAUCUCAUUGGGAAAAUCCAUGAAUUCAAUUUCCUUUUUGUGAUAUGAAGUUGGACAGUUUUGGUUUGAAAUGUGUCUGGUGUUUUCACUGUUAACCUUGCUCUCAUUUGGGAAUGUGACAUUUCUUCUUAGAUUGACCAAGGUUUACAUGACAGGUCUAGUCGAUGAAGCAGAAGAUGUUUACCCUUCCAGAACACCUGGUCCCAUUCUCCUUGUAUUUUCAGGAUCUGUCCUUAGUUUCAUCAGAUUUGGGUUUGAAUUAAGAUUCCGCUGACAUGCUGGUAUUCUUUGUGGUUUUUGUAUGAACUUGAAGUGUUGGAAUGAGCUGAAGUUAAAGUUCACAUUUCAUUUGUCAAAUCUGGUAUCUAUCUUCUUGAGGAUCAAACAAAUUCCUUUUCCAAUCUGAUUUACAUUAAAUAUCUGUUACAGUAUGGUAUAGUGACAUCAUUACCAAAUUAUGGUUUGUACUCUUCCUGGCUAACAUUUCUUUGAGCUUGUCAACAAAACUGUUCAAGUUUCUUGGGAGUCUGAUGUUAUUCUAACAAAAAAUGGCCAAAUUCUUAAAAACUGCACCAAAAAAGCUAGGCCAGCUCAGUAAGGUCUUUGGUAAUUUUGUUUUUUUUUAAAUUGUGCACAAUUUGCAUAUUACACUUUCAUUUUUUUAGUAGGUAUCUGACAUGCAUGUACUCUUUCAGAUAUUUAUAGCAAAAAUGUUGAGGGGUGUAUGAGUAAGGCUUACUGUGUUUAACUCAGUUAGAAAGUAGGACUUUCACCAAUCCAGUUAGUUAUACUGUUUUUUUGGUGAUGGUGGUGGUGGGACUGCUUCUUGGGAUAAAUUUUUGAGGUUUAAAUUUCAUGCAACAAUAUUGAAGGUCAAUAUUCUUGAAAGGCUAACACAUAAAAUUAUUUAAUCCACCAUCAGAUGGUAAUUUAAAAAAAAUCAUUUUGUUAAGUAAUACAUUUAUUAACAAUGCUUUUUGAUACUUUAUCUUGCAAAUUGCCAGACAGACCUUUGAAGAGUGGUUUUCGUUGGUCCUAGUUGUACUAUUUUGUUUGCAAAUACGGAGAAAAAUAUGGACCAACCGAGUAUCUGUUUUGUUUCAGAGUGAAAAGUUGUUACGAUUUAGCAGUUUGAGUAGAUCCAUCUCUUACUCUACACAGGGUUUUGACUGGUCCUCAUUGUGCAUCAUUACCUGAAGAUCUUAUGUUUGUAGGAUAGAAUGUGGUGCUGGAAAACAUUCAGAUCAAAAUUUGUUUCUGAAAAGAUCUUUCUCAAGCUGGUUAACUUAAGUCCUGGUUAAAAGAUGUUUUUGGCAAGGUAAAACUUCAAGGUUACAAAUUUUGCCGUCCAUAUCCUCUCAGCAGUAUUAAUUGUCAAAACAGGACAUGAGGCCAUAUUUGUGGACAUUUAGCUAAUGAUCCAAAAGAAAGCUUAUAUGACUAACAGGAUUAACAAUGGAGUUAAUGAAACAGUAUAUACAUCCAGUUCUGGAUAACUUACAAUGGCAGAUUGUCAGAAAUAUAUUUUUGUAUGUAUGUAGAAGUGAAAACCCAGAACACACCACAAAAACAUCACUCUGAACAUUGGAAAGAUGUAAGAGAAUAAACACAGAAUUUUUUGUAAUAUUUUCUGUUAUAAAUAAAAACAAGAAAUUUUA